CUUUCAACGCAGUUUGGGACGAGGUUUUCUUAGGUGUUGUUCAUUGUGCCAGAGCUGUUGGCGGCAAUGAGUAGAUCCUGGCACGUCGUCGUGUUCAUUUCAUUGCUGCUAACCGUGACUACGGGGCAAAACGACGAGGUGCAGUCCGGCUGCGAGGUCUGUGCCAACACAAGCGACUGCUCCAGGGCUUACCGAGGCGAACCUGGACAAUUCUGCGGCAACUGGCUGGAUCGACAGAGCGACCGACGUCCGUGCUGCUGCCCAGAGAACGCUGUCUGCAAGGUUUCCAACUACGCUUGCAACUGCGGAUACUCGCCGCAGUAUGCAAAUGAUGGAGGGAUUGGUCUGGUGUGGCUGUGGUGGCUGCUUGGCUCUCUCGCGCUGUUGCUUUGCUGCUGUGGCUGUUGCUUUAUGGCGUCCAAGCGGCUCAGAGAUCGUAGACUUGAGAAUGAAAUUCCGGUUGCUGCGCCCGUAGCGGAAGAUGUAUCCAGCCAGCCUUACGGGGCCCCAUCCACGGCGUAUGCCAGCGCCCCAGGAUACGCUAGUGCUAGGCCUGAAUAUGGCAGAUACUAUGGCCAAAGCAGAGGUAGGGGUGGCAUGAGUGCUGGUACCGGCGCGGCACUGGGCGGUACAGCGGGUCUUUUGGGUGGGUUUUUGCUCGGAGACGCGUUAGCUGAUCAUGGGGGCGAUGGGGGCGGAGGUUUUGACGGUGGUGGUGAUUUUGGCGGUGGAGACUUUGGUGGAGACUUUUAACUCAAAGUCAAAGUUUUGAUUCCGUACGAACAAGUACACAUUCGGAUAAAGAUUCAAAAACCAGUUACUCAUUUGGCAAGUUCUCGCGCUAGUUUCUCCUCUUUCAAUCUCUUUUUCUCUUCCCGCUUACGAGUAUCCUGCAGUUCGAACUCUUGCCAGCCUAGUCUGUUCGGGAAUUCAAGGAGGAGCUCCUCGUCUUCCGGGAUACCAUUGCCUACGUCUUCUUGGGACAGUAGCAUACUCCUUCGAUUGGCCUGCAUGGGGCGUGAGAAGGGCACUCGUAGUCCACCUACGAUCACACCUUUGUGCUCUCCAUUGCGGUAGACGAUGGGGAUCUUGACACGAACUCUCGGUGGAGGGGGAGGGGCCACUUGGCGACUCGUCGACACUAACGGAGUGAAUAACCACUUAAAAAAGUUGCGUUUCUUGUGCCUGAGCUUCUUCUUCUCGAUGCCGUUUGACUCUUUGUGCUCGGCCUUGUUGGCAGCUGUAUGCUGCUCAAAGUGCAGUUGACGACGCCGUUCACCCGUUUGAGCUUGCGACUUGAGCAUACGUAGCCCCACCAAUCGAGGGUUUUCAUCAACGUCGUUGUUGGUGCUUGUAAGAAUAGUCAUAUCUUAGUUAUUGCUGCUACUGCUUCGUUCUCGAUGCGAGGUAGAUGAAGGAAUGUCUCUCGUCAACAGAGACCGAGGACGCAAUCGAGGCCAGCAAGCAUUGAUUCAUAGUUGAAGUUUGCACGUUUCUGUUGCAGGCGAUGAUCUCUGCAAAAUAUCUUUUUAUUUUUGUAGGAAUAGUUGAUAUUAUUUGAUUGAAACCGCGUUGCACGUACAGAACAGCACAAUGUACUGACAGGCUUU